AUGUAUCAACAAACUUAUUCUGGUGCUUCAUUGACACAACAUAAUGAUGUUUGUCAAAAUGAAAUGGCUGAUGCCUACGAACUUGGCUCAGCUAUGGCUCGCGAACAGUUAUCAGCUGAAGAUAGAAAACUUCUCGAUGAAAUCGGAGAUGACACAGUAGUUGUAGUUCCAGGCACAUAUGAUCACAUUCACCAGGUAUUAGGCAGCUUGAAAAUUCCAUUUAAAACAGUUCAUCAAUCGGAACUAUUAACAUAUCCAUUACGUCCAGCAGAUCAAACUGUUUAUGUCAAUUGUGCAAGUACAUUUCCUCCCGACGCUGCACACCGUUUACGUCAAUUCGUCAAUGAUGGCGGUCAAUUGAUCACUACUGACUGGGCUUUAAAAAACGUUCUUGAAGUUGCUUUUGGCGAAUUCGUUCGACACAAUGGUCAAAUGACUGGCGAUGAAGUAGUUGGUGUUCAAGUAAACGAUCCAACAAAUCCCAUUGUUGCUGGAUUUUUACCAGCUGCACAACACGUCGACCCACAAUGGUGGCUUGAAUCCUCAUCAUAUCCCAUUGAAAUAGUCGACGCACAACGCGUUCGUGUUUUGAUCAAAUCAAAUGAAUUGAAUCAAAAAUACAAUUCUUACGCCGUAUUGGUGACAUUUGACUGUGGCAAAGGUAAUGUCAUUCACAUGAUCUCGCAUUUUUAUUUACAACGUUCGGAAACACGUGACGAACGACACAAGAUGUCCACUGAACAAUUCGCUCUUGAUAUCAAUGCUUCUGAAGAAGUCAAAGCCAAAGCAAAACAAAUGUCCAAUUUGAAUUAUGCUCAAGUAAAAAAAAACAGAAAAAUGAAUUCAAAUCUGUAUCGAGCUCCGAUAUUCAAGCGAAUCGAUGAUCCAUGGAUCGGAUUACUUGUCCUAGCUGCUUUUAUGUUCGUUUCAUCGAUCGUUGCACUGAUUAUUCUUUGUUGUUUCUGGCGUCGUCACAAACAACGCACACGAUUGUAUAAUCAAAGUUUCAUCUUGAGUAAUAAACCAACUGGCAGAAAACAAGUUGAAGAUCAACAACCAACGACUUAUGAAACACAAAACGUGCAAGUAUUUUCUUCUUCGAAUGAUGAACCACGUUUUCCAAGUUAUUUAACAUCUCCUGAUGAAUAUCCACAGAUUCAUCAGUUCUAUGAAAGAACGACGAAAGCGUAUUUUUGA